AUUCGGUCGCCGAGUGAACUACUUACAAGAGGCCGCGGUGACAUUUCGUCGGCACACAUGCGCUCUAUCUUCCUGCUACGCUCAGGCAAUCCUAUGGGACUAAUGCAAGCGGCAGCUAAUCGUUGCGCUCUGUAUGCUGUCUGAGUAUUAUUUGAGCCGACAUUGGGGUAGCAGCGCGCCCUGACACAAGUGCCGGCACAACACCAGCCGGGCUAGGCUAGGUUGGGCCGCCCCAAUGGACUUCGCACCCCCGGACGUGGUGGAGGCCUUCCUGCACCAGCACGUCUACAAGGAGCUGCAGGAUGCUGGAAUUGUGGGUGCGGCCGUGUGUGUCGCCAAGCGGGGCCGCUACCCCUUCACCCUCUCCAACGUGUACGGCUUCCUCGACCCCGCCCGUGGCGAGGUGCUGAGCGCUACCGGCAGUAGCAUGGGCGGCAGCAGCAGCGGCAGUAGCAGCACUGCUGGUGGCAGUAGCAGCACCGGCUCGCUGUUUGACCUGGGCGGGGUGGCGAAGCUGCUGGCGGCGGUGGCGUUACUGCGACUGCUGCAGGAGGGCGGCCUCAGUGUGGCCACUGACAUCAGCGCGCUGCUGCCGCCCGCAGUCAAGGUGGACACCUCGCGCUACGGCCCCGUCACCGCCCAACACCUGCUCACGCACACCUCCGGACUGCAACGCGGCGUGCGGCCCACUGCAGCAGGAGCGGGAGCUGCGGCGGGGGCCGGCGCUACAGCCACCGCUGCUGCUGUUGCUGCUACAGCUGCAGCGGGUGUUGCUGCUGCGGGAGGUGGAGGGGAUGCGGGCGCAGAGGCGGAGCCGUCAUUUGCGGAGAGGGCGUCACCAUCGUCGGCUCCAGGACAACAGCCGCCGCCGCCGCCGCAACAGCAGCAACAGCAACAGGCGCAGCAGGGCCCGCGGUCUCCAGCGCCGCCGCGCAGCCAGCCCCCACAGGCGCUGUCCCCCAGCGCCGCUAGCACCCGCCGCCGCUCCUCCAUUCACCUGCGCUCCGCGGACAGCGGGUCUUUGGAAGCUCUGGCGGCGGCGGUGGCUGCUGGCGGCGGCGGCGGCGGCGGCGGCAAUGGUGGCGGGCCGGAGGCUUCGCCUCUGUCGUCGUCGGCCGCCUCUGCGGCUGACUUCCUCAAGCCGUCGGCGUCAGGACUGAGUGCGAGCGCGGCAGAGGCGGCGCUGGCGGCGGAGGGAAUGGAGGCGGCGGCGGCGGCGCCGCCGCCGCCGCACUCGAUGUCGGCGCCCGUGGUGUUGGCGAUGCCGCCGCCGCCGCCGCCCGCGCCGGUGCCGCCGCCGCCGGCUCCACCGCCGCCGCCGCCUCGCCUAGUGGUGGCGGCUGCAGAUGUUAGCGGCGGCGGCGGCGGCGGCGGCGGCGAUGCCGAGCAAGAUGAGGACGAGGAGCAGAUGUACGACAGUGAGGUGAUGUCGUACCUUUUGGAGGAGCCAGUGUACGGCGCGAGGCCCCCGGGCGGGUACAGGCCCCAGGACCUGGACUACUGGCUGGUGGGCGCCAUCAUACAGCACCUCACCGGGGCCAGCUACCAGGACCACAUCCAGGACUCGGUGCUGGCACCACUGGGCAUCACAUUGCCGGUGGUGGCGCUGGCGGCGGCGGCGAGGGCGGCGGCGGCGGCUGGGGCAGGGGCGCCUGGCGGCCCGCCGGCAGCUCCGUUGCCGGUGGUGUAUGCGUACACGCGGCCGCCGGGGCGGGCUCGGACGGCGGCGCGAGCUGGUAGCGGCAGGGCAGGAGUCGCUGCAGGAGGAGGCGGAGGAGGAGGCGGAGGAGGAGGCGGAGGAGGGGAGGUGGAGGCGGAGCUGGGGCCGCUUGCCAGCGGCGCGGAGGCGGACAGCCCCCUGGUGCGCUACCUGCCGCCGCCGCUUACGCCCGUGUCGGGUCUGGUGCUGCCGCCAGCCGACAUGUCGCGCCUGUGCUCCGGCCUGACGUUUGGGCUCAGCGGGCCGCCAGGAGCGGGAGCCGGAGCGGGAGCUGGAGCCGGAGGCGAGGAUAAGGACAAGGAGGAGAGCGGCGCCGCCACGGCCGGAGGAGUGGACGCGAGCGGCUCGCUCGGCCGCGCUCUAAUCCAAGCGCUGUGCGAGAUCCGCCUCUCGGACUUUGUCAAGGACGUGGGUGUAGCCUACGGUGGACUGGCGGCUGUGGGGCUGGGCCGCUGCGGCGACGGCGUGGUGUUCGGCGAGAGCCCGCCGCCGCCGCCCGCCGCGCGCGAGCUGGCGCUGGGGGCGCAGCACGCACACCCCCACCAGCACCCCCACCAGCACCAGGGGCGUCAGGGGCAUCAAGGCCACGGUCACCAUGGCUCCCACCACGGCUCGCACCACGGCUCCCAUCACAGCCACCACCCAGGCGAGCAGCACCAGCAGCAUCAGCACUCUCAGCAGCAGACCGAGCCGCCCGAGCCGCCGCUGCACGCCGCACUGCUGGCGCUGGCGCCUGAGAGCGGGCUGGCGGUGGUGGUGGUGGCCAACACGGCGGCGGGGGCGCAGGGCGGGGCGUUCUGCCGCAAGGUGGCCGGCCUGCUGCUGUCCGCCUUCCGCCCCAGCGAGCUGCCCGGCCCGCUGCAGCGCACCUGGCUGGCCGCCAUGCCGCCCGCGCGCAACGACGCCGCGGCGCAGCUGCUGGCCUUCGCGCCCGCCUGCGCCGUGUCCCCCGCCGCCUACUUCGAGGGCUGGCCGCUGCAGCUGCCGGACUGGGUGCGGGUGCGCGCUGUGCAGCCUCCGGGCCAUGGCAUCCGCCGCGGCGAGCCGCCCUGCCUGCGGCUGUGCAAGCUGGUGCCGCCACUGGCGAGCGCCGUCGCCUCCUCCGUGCCGGCGGAGGCGCCGCUGGUGCUGCUGGGGCACGGGCUGGGCGGCCUGGUGGCGUACGAGGUGGCCCGGCGCCUGGAGUGCUGGUACGGGCGUCACGUGACGCACCUGGUGGUGGUGGCCUGCGCCGCACCCCCCGCCUUCGUACACACGGGGGGCGGCGGCGGCGGCGGCGGCGGGAGCCACACGGCAGCGGGCGGCCACAAGAAGCCGUUUGACCCCUGGCGUCAUGCUGCCGCUGGCGGCGGCGGCGGCGGCGCCUCCAACUCCCACUCCGGCGAGGCGGCGCCGUCGGCGUCCGUGACCGUGUACGAGCACUUGUACGAGCUGCCGGAUGCCGAGUUCGUACACGCGCUGUCCAACCACCCGCGCUGCCCGCGCCAGCUGCGAGGCAACCCGUCCGCCAUCCUGGAGUACGCCCCGCUGCUGCGCGCUGACAUUGAGGCCGAGUCCUCCUACGCCUGGGCCGCGCCCAGUCCCGAGCUGGCGCCGGCGGUGGCGGCGGUACUGGCCAGCGUCCAGAACAGGGCUGAGGAGGAGGCCCGCACCUGCUCCGGCCUGCUGACCUGCCCGGUCACCGUGGCCACACCCGAGGGCGACACGCAGCUGGGCGCGGCGGCGGCGGGCGGCGCGGCGGCGACGGAGCUGCUGAGCGGCUGGGAGAAGGUGACCACCGGCGCCGUGCGGUUCGCCUCGCUGCCCGGCGACUUCGCCUCCUGCGUGGAGGACCGCAAGCAGGCUGCCGCGCUGCUGGGCCUGGUCAACGCCAGCCUGGGUCGCCAGCUGUCCGUGCACACCACCUGGCUGCCGCGGCUGCGGCAGGUGGGGGAGCGCGGGCCGGGCGGCAGGCUGGGCGGAGGAGGGGGUGGAGGAGGGGGCGGAGGGGGCCUGGGGGGAGGGGGAGGGGGGGGAGCGGGCGGAGGGGGAGGGGCAGGAGGGGCGGGGAGCAGGCAGGGCAGCCGGCCGGCGUCGGGGUCUUCGUCGGCGGGAGGGGGAGGAGGAGGCGUGGGCGGAGGGGUUGGGGCAGGGGCAGGGGCGGGCGGCCUGCCGCCGGCUUAUCCGCGUGGCGGGUAGACGGGGCUGCGUUGGUGUGGGCACGGCAUGAAUCGGAUGGCUGGGUGUGGGCACGUGGCGAGCACGCUGAUUGCAGUUUAAGCUGGGGCCAAUUAUUUCUGCGGAUAAUUGAACAUUUUGCCGAUGUGUGGAAGGGUAUGCCGGAUACUACACGACGUAGUAGCGUGAGAGCGCGGGUUGACUGGCUACUCUCCAACCCAUUGGACGAAGCUGAUCUUGCCGGAGCUUUCCGUGAGCGCAUGAUGGGCGGUUGGACGCACGAACGGCUUCAGUGCAUGCCAGAUUCUUUCCCAUCUGAUUCUAAGCAACCAGGUAUGCACAUGGCCAAGUACAAGCACUGGAUGGGGCUCAGCUUUGAGCGCCGCACACCCUGCAUGCACCCACCCCACGCGCAGUGUAUCAUUCCGUAUGAGGCUCACAGAGGCUUGAUGAGAUUCCGCAUGUGUUGCUGGCCUCUAUCUGCAAAUAGGAACCAACAUUUGCCGAGAAGUGAGAGGCGCUGUUACUGCUGCAAUCAUGGCGUUGAGGAUGAACGGCACGUACUCCUUGAGUGUGGGGCUUACGCUGACAUAAGAGAAAGUUACGGCAAUAUGCAACAGAUCAUGAAUGCUUCGGAUCAAAACAUGCUAGCAUGCUGUCUUAGUGAUAUCUGGGCUAGACGUAACAAGCUUCUGAGGUUAAGAGAGAUUCUGCCUUGCGUGUGCAUGAAGCUCACAACAAUGCUAGUAGAGACGAGGAGCCCUUGCGGCUCGGUUAGUCUCGUUACAGGUUCAGGAAUGCACACUUCCAACCCUGUAACACAUCAUCAUCAUCAUCAUCACGUGGCGAGGCCGUGAGGUUGCUGAUGGAGCUCGGGCACAUGCGCACAACCACUUGUGCAGCUUGGCCAGUUACUGUGGAGCGUCCUAGUAUGGCAGGUCGCCAGUCGCUGGUGGGACGACGACUGGCACACGCUGCUCCGCUAUGUGGUGGUGCUGGGUGUCAGGGUGUGCCUUCGGAGAUUUCGGAGCACGAAGCGAUCAGCCUUCACGGCCCGCAUAGUUGGGUUGCACGGUUUUGGGUUGCACCAUGCACACAGCCAACCUGUAACGCCCACGGCAGACGGCACCGGUACACUGUGCGUGAUGUGGACUCCGUGGUGCGGAAGGCCUGUGGGGGAGAGCGCCUGUGUGUUGUGCAAGUUUACCGUAUUCCGUCGUGUU